AUGAGCACCAACCACAAGCCAGCGGCAUCGAGGCCCACCUCGCUCCCGCGGCCCCCUCACCACCACAGCCUCCCCGAACCUCCACUGGCUUGCGCACUCUCCAAGCCUCCUCACUCUCAGAGGGCGACUGCCAACCUCGGUCGCAACCACUUUGGCCAUCCUCAGCCGUCACUUCAACGAGGCGCCAACCGAUCACAGCCAUCAAUAGCGGAUGCCUCGAGAUCACGUCCUGCCGCUCAUCCAAGCACUAGGGCCUGGGAGCUUCAGCCUUCAGGCCAGGGUCAGGAGCGUUUCAGCACGAACCGUGACCUUGGCACAUCAUCUCAGCCGCAACCUAUCGGCGCCGGCUCCUUGGCACAUCCCGCCGCGCACCAUCCAACCUCGGUCGCCAGCCAUCAGAACCAGCACCACUACCACCGCUCGCAAAUGCAGCAUCACCCGCAGCAUCAUCGCCAGCACCACCAACAUCAACAGCAGCCGCAGCAGCAACCGCAGCAGUGGCCCAUGUCUUACGACGAGCUGCGGCGCAAUGCUCAGCACUCGUCGUCACACAGCCAUCCUUCGCCCGCCAGCACCUCUUCCGGCUCUACCUCCAGCCUACGGACGCCACCCGACCUGCUCCUCAACGGCAACACCAUCGGCUAUGCCCUGUCCAGCUGGAAGUCGUCUUCGCCGCAACAUUCGAUGCUGGCGCUCAACUCCUGGAGUGGUCUUGCCGUCAAGCGACACAUUCCUCCUCGCCACAUGAAGGUCGAGGAGAUUGUCAAGCGACGUCGUCUGCUCGAAAGCCUUCCCGACGAUCUGCCCUUCGCCCUACCCUCGCCGCCGCAUACACCGCUCUCCAGUCCUCGAAAGGCAACGCGUCCUCGCUCGACGGAAGGCGAUCGGCAGACGGCGGACACCGAAGCAGGCGAGCUGGUCGAUCCGGCCGCAGCCUCGUUCCCCGCGCUCGAUGGGAAGCGCAAGGAAGCGGAUCGUGGUCAGGCUUCGAGGCCAGCACAACAGCAUGCCCCGAUGAAGAGCAGGAAGCGGCGACGAUCCAACGAUGCGGAUGAGGAAGAUUUCGGACCCAGAGACAAACGGCCUACCGCGCGGCUGAAAGGCUCCACCUCUCACGUCCUCCCUUCAAGUGCGCCUCUAUGGGAGCCUGAGACUGUCACCACCGCCACCAUCUUGGAAACGCCGUCAGAGGCAGAAGACGGCGAGCUUCCCGAUGUCGACAAGCGCACCUCAGGUUGCGUAGAGGCCGAGAGGCAAGCUUGCGACAGAUCGGAUCAGCCUCGCCCGCUGGCGCUGCGGUCGCGCACGUGGACAUCGGAGGAGCUGGGCCAGGUCGCCACCCUCUAUCGCAACUGCGGGAGGGAGAGGAAGCACAUUGGAGACCAGCUCUCUGACAAGGCAGGCUCCUCGCUGCCGUCGUUCGCAUCGCCAUCCUCAAAAGCGGUGGCCGCGCUCGAGCAGCUGGACGCCGUGCUGCUUUUCUGCUACGCCUUCUACCUCAGCGAUCAGGAGAAAGGCCCGGGCUGCUGCCUCGCCAAUAACUGGGAUAGUCUUUUCGGUCUGCUCCGCUACGUCACCAACGCCCAGCUGCGCUUCCGCAACCACGCCCUCGUCGGUCUCUGCCGCCUCGUCGAGGCAUCUGUCCUGCGCAUCCUCCAUACCCACAACCAGAACCUGCUCCGAAGCAGCAUCGCAAACCAAGGCGCCGCGGCUACGGAGAAGCUGCCGCUGGCGACGCUCUCGGAAGGCUUCAUGAAGCUGUCGUCGGACCUGGACAAGAGCGACCGGCUCGCUAGCCUGGCGGGUCAGAGCCUCUCGCUCGGCGCACUGAAGCGGUCUUUUCCCGAGACGUGGUCAAGGAUCCUCGAAAACGACUUUGGCGGCGGGGACCUCACCGCGGACAGCACCGCUUUGCGUGUCGAUCCGGGGACCUGGCCCAGUGCGUCGGUCUUUGCGUGGCCGAUUGGGCCGACGACGCCGAUCUCGCAUCUCGUCUGCUUCGGGCGCAACCUGAUCCGCGAGCACGCCAAGGGCAAGGGCCUCAGCUUUACGCCCGUCAACGUCAAGGCGCCUCUCUGA